UUUAGUGAAGAGGUAUGUAUACAUACAAGUACAAAAGUACUCUGUGAACAUGAAAAAUAAGAUAACAAAUAUCCAAGUCCAGCUGAUUGCUUAGUAACAACAAAUACUUUAAUCAAACAGUACUUUGUAUACUGGAAACUACAACGUCUGCAGUCGUGUAAAAGUUCGUUUUUGAAGUGAAAUCACUUUUGAUGUGAUCGCAGAUUUUAAGUAUUUGGAAACUAUAACAACAAACUCAUAAUGAGCGGAGCGCUGUAUAUGACGGAGGCCAGCCCGCCCGCUAGAUCUGUUCUAAUGCUUUUAGAUAUACUUGGCAUUAAAAAUAUGGAAUUGAGGGAAAUAAACCCUGUACUAAGAGAACAAGAUUCGCCCGAAUUAAAAAAGAAAAAUCCAAUGAGAACAGUGCCUAUGUUGGACGAAGGUGACUUCAGUUUGGCUGAUAGCCAUGCAAUAGUACUAUACCUCCUUGAAAAAUAUGGACGGCCUGAACACCAGCAACUUUACCCACCAGAUGCAAGAGUGCGGGCCACCAUCCAUAACAGAAUGUUCUUCGAUUGUGGAAUCUUGUUUCCAAGACUUAGAGCAAUUAUGGCUCCCACAUACGGGGGUAGAUUAACACAAAUGACAAAGUAUAUGAUCAUAAACAUAGUAGAUGCAUAUGAAAUGUUAGAAAUGUAUUUAAACGAGAGCAAGUACAUAGCAGCUGAUCAUAUGACCAUUGCUGAUAUAAGUGUGUUGACGACUGUCUCCUCAUUGAACGGGUUACAUGCAGUAGAUGAAAAUAGGUUUCCUAGACUAAAACAAUGGCUCACGACAAUGAACGAGAAGGAUUUCGCCAAGAAAAUAAAUGUACCCGGUUGCAAGUUGCACGUGGAUGGUCUCAUAAUGCUUAUGGAAUUUAACAUGAGCAACAAAGCCUCUAAAUUAUAACCAAGUUUGAAAUACUGAUAA